CACUCACAGCCCUAACACACCGAAACCAUGAAGGUUGCUUUUGCUCUGCUUCUCUGCGCUCUGUGUUUCCUGGGCCUGGAUGCUCAGUGCCCAGAACCGAGCACCCUGAAAGAUGCUGAGGGCAAGAAGAUCUGCGCUCGCAUGUUUGAAGACAGCAACUACUACUACGAGCAAAGCUGUGGAGGACAGUACAUCGAUGCCUAUCCCGGUGAUGACGUCCCUAUCAUUCCAUGGCGCUGGAACAACCGCGUGUCUUCUAUGGUGGUGAACAAGCUAUGCUCCCUGACCGUGUGGUCUCGCAUCAAGAAGAAUGGAAGCAAGAGGAAGUUUUCUUCUGGCAUCGUGUACCGCCUGAAAGACGUGCAGCAGGGCCUGUUUGGAAGCUGGGACAAUGACAUCUCUGCUUAUUACUGCGUGUGCUAGAUGCUUCCGAAGCAAGCAGAAGAACAGAGACUGAAAAUUCAUCAAUGGAAAGAAAAAAUCAAUUAAUUGUGCAACCUUUUUAAAUAAUUAAUGAAUUGUGCAACCUUUCAAAUUAAGAUGUGCAUGCUUUUGCAUUGAAUAAAAUGUUAAAUCUG